AUGCGUUUUCUUGUUAUUCUAAUACUCGUCGGACUCGUAUGUUUUAAUGCUGCAGCAUUGGUAACAUCAGAUCCUGAGCAGGAUCAUAGUGGUACUUGUCCAACAUAUGCAAUGAUGUGUGCCAUUUAUUGUCCACGUACAUCUCGCUCUAUAAUGGCUCCAGGAAAAACUAAUGGUUGUACAAGAGAUAGUGAAUGUGCUUCAGACGAAAAAUGUUGUAAACCAGCUUGUGGAUGUACUAACAAAUGUGUUAAAGUUACAAUUAAAUCACAAUCUACAUCGUCUCCAUAA